GUUUUCUCAGGUUCGCAACUUUUACUCGAGAUUUCUUUCCUCUUCACACCUCUCAAUUCGGUCGCAUCUUUUCACCCAACGCCGACCACACGACCACUUCAUCAAUAUGCCUCCCAAGUCCGGUAAGAAGGCCGCCCCGGCCCCCUUCGCCUCCAAGGCGGGUUCUAAGAAGGCACCCAAGAACCCCCUCAUCGAGAAGCGACCCCGAAACUUCGGUAUUGGCCAGGACAUCCAGCCGAAGCGAAACCUUUCCCGUAUGGUGAAGUGGCCCGAGUAUGUCCGUCUUCAGCGCCAGAAGAAGAUCAUCAACCUCCGCCUGAAGGUUCCCCCAGCUAUCUCCCAGUUCCAGCAUGUUCUGGACCGCAACACCGCCGCCCAGGCCUUCAAGCUCCUCAACAAGUACCGACCCGAGUCUAAGGCCGAGAAGAAGGAGCGAUUGGUCAAGGAGGCUACCGCCAUCAAGGAGGGCAAGAAGAAGGAGGAUGUCAGCAAGAAGCCCUACGCCGUCAAGUACGGUCUAAACCACGUUGUCGGCCUGAUCGAGAACAAGAAGGCUUCCCUUGUCCUGAUCCCCAACGACGUUGACCCCAUCGAGUUGGUCAUCUUCCUGCCCGCUCUUUGCCGAAAGAUGGGUGUCCCCUACGCCAUCAUCAAGGGCAAGGCCCGUCUCGGAACCGUUGUCCACAAGAAGACCGCUGCUGUCCUCGCUAUCACCGAAGUCCGAUCGGAGGACAAGAACGAGCUCUCCAAGCUCGUCAGCGCUAUCAAGGAUGGUUAUCUUGCCGGAUCUGAGAACUCCCGACGACAAUGGGGUGGUGGUAUCAUGGGUGCCAAGGCCAACAAGCGCAUUGAGAAGAGCAAGAAGGCUUUGGAUACGGCCAUCAAGGUCUAAGCGUUAAGGCUGGUCACGGAUCAUGAUUUUUAUAUUUGCACAGUUCCGGCGUUGGAGGAGGUAAAAGGGAAUACCAACCACAUGGAUUUGACAGCCUACCUAGACUCCAUCUGCAGAGUUUCGCCGACGACAAAUGUGACAAAUGAAUGAUCGCUGCAAUUUCGUAAAUUUUAAAAUUCUAAAACUUGCUAUCACCUCGUAA